AUGGUGUCCUACUACAAGGCGGUGGUCACCGAUCCCGGCAAGAUACCCGAUACAGGGGGCUUAUGGUCCUCCCCCUCUCCUCAAGGGCCUCCUCCUCCACACCUCUACGAGAGGAAGGGCAAGGAUGGAAGCAUAAGGUAUUGCAAUAAAGAGCACAAGUUCAAACCCGACCGAGCGCAUUUCUGUUCCCCUAUGGGCCGCAAUGUCCUCCGAAUGGACCACUACUGCCCCUGGCUCGCCAACAGUGUCGGAUUCUACAACCAUAAAUACUUCUUCCUCUUCCUCCUCUACGUCGUCAUAGCCUGCAACACGGUCACCUGCCAAAUCCUGCACGCCCUGGCUCACGUCGCGGGGGGUUUCGCCGCCAACCCGGGUCAACUACUCUUCCUGCUGGAGGGCUUCAGCAUCUCUGGACUCCUCUCUGUCAUCGUCACGCCAUUCUUCGCUUUCCAUGCAUGGCUGAUAUCAACUAACGUCACCACAGUCGAGUACUGUGAGAAGCGCCGGGACGGUGGAGGAGGGGAGGCAGGAGAGUUAUCGAAAAACAUAGUCGCCCGAAUGCCGCAGAGGUCCCCUUAUGACGUCGGCCUCAUACGAAACUGGCAGGCUGUGAUGGGCCACAACAUGAUCACUUGGUUGCUACCGACCCGUCCUCGAGGCAUAGGUCAGGGCUUGGCGUUCGAGGUCAAUAAGGAGGCUAAGGAGGUGCUGAGGGGAGAACUUGGUAUUCUACAUGAUGGCGAUUUGGAGACGGGUCGGAGACGAAGCUCUGGAGGCCGGACAAGGCAGCCGAUCGAUAUGAGCAGUGAUGAGGAAGAAGACAACACCCAUGUUAAGAUACGAGAAGCGUUAAUGGAAAGGCAGCGAGAGCUCGAGGUGGAGGAAGAGGAACCAGAGGCCCCACCAUCCCCUGAGGGGUCAACAACAACACCGUCAUCGCCUGGUCACACCACACAAAACUCCUCCUCUUGUUGUGGAGUAGGAGGAGGAAGAGGAGGAAGAGGCUCUCUACUGGAGUAUGGUCUGGAGCAAAGCAAUCACUUCGCCGACUUCAUCACGGACCUUUAUAUGAACGCUUGGAAGAUCCUCAAUGGGCCUAGGGGGGAAGGGAAAAGGCGACGUCGUACACCACGAUCACGACAGUCCACCCCAACAAUAAUAUAUUCUGAGAACUCCCCCGACAUGGUAGAAGUCGGCAGCCCCAUUGAACAGCCUAAGGCGGCAGCUUAG